AUGCUCAGCUCAGUGUGCGUCUGGUCGUUCCACGGGCGCCAGGGGACCGGCAAGCAGCAUCCUCAGCCGGCGCCAACGCCGCAGCCGCCUGAGUCCUCACCGCCACCUCUGCCGCCGCCGCCGCCGCAGCAGCAGCAGCAGUGCUCUCAGUCCGGCACCGCCGCCUCCCCGGCGGGUGCCCCGCUUUCCUGCGGGCCUGGGGGCCGGCGUGCCGAGCCAUGCCCCGGGCUGCCGGCGGUGGCCAUGGGGCGGCACGGCGGCGGCGGCGGCGACAGCGGUAAGAUCGUGAUCAACGUGGGCGGCGUGCGCCAUGAGACGUACCGCUCCACGUUGCGCACCCUGCCGGGGACCCGGCUGGCCGGGCUGACCGAGCCCGAGGCGGCCGCGCGCUUUGACUACGAUCCGGGCACGGACGAGUUCUUCUUCGACCGUCACCCGGGCGUCUUCGCCUACGUGCUCAACUACUACCGCACCGGCAAGCUGCACUGCCCGGCCGACGUGUGCGGGCCGCUCUUCGAGGAGGAGCUGGGCUUCUGGGGCAUCGACGAGACGGACGUGGAGGCCUGCUGCUGGAUGACCUACCGCCAGCACCGUGAUGCUGAGGAAGCGCUGGACUCCUUCGAGGCCCCGGACUCCUCCGGCAACGCCAACGCCAACGCCGGAGGCGCCCACGAUGCUGGCCUGGACGACGAGGCGGGCGCAGGAGGCGGCGGCCUGGACGGGGCAGGCGGCGAGCUCAAGCGUCUGUGUUUUCAGGACGCGGGCGGAGGUGCUGGAGGACCUGCCGGGGGCGCGGGCGGCGCGGGCGGCACGUGGUGGCGGCGCUGGCAGCCCCGUGUGUGGGCGCUUUUUGAGGACCCCUACUCGUCGCGGGCCGCCAGGUACGUGGCCUUCGCCUCCCUAUUCUUUAUCCUCAUCUCCAUCACCACCUUCUGCCUGGAGACACACGAGGGUUUCAUCCACAUCAGCAACAAGACGGUGACGCAGGCCUCCCCGAUCCCUGGGGCUCCCCCGGAGAACAUCACCAACGUGGAGGUGGAGACGGAACCCUUUUUGACCUAUGUGGAAGGUGUAUGUGUGGUCUGGUUCACCUUUGAGUUUCUCAUGCGGGUCACCUUUUGCCCGGAUAAGGUGGAGUUUCUCAAAAGCAGUCUGAACAUCAUCGACUGUGUAGCCAUCUUGCCCUUCUACUUGGAAGUGGGCCUGUCAGGCCUCAGCUCCAAAGCUGCCAAGGACGUGCUGGGCUUCCUGCGUGUCGUCCGAUUUGUUCGCAUCCUUCGUAUCUUCAAGCUGACCCGUCACUUUGUGGGGCUACGUGUGCUGGGCCACACGCUCCGGGCCAGCACCAACGAGUUCUUGUUACUCAUUAUCUUCCUGGCUCUGGGGGUCCUCAUCUUUGCCACCAUGAUCUACUAUGCCGAGCGUAUCGGGGCCGACCCUGACGACAUCCUGGGCUCCAACCACACCUACUUCAAGAACAUCCCCAUCGGCUUCUGGUGGGCUGUGGUCACCAUGACGACACUGGGCUACGGAGACAUGUAUCCCAAGACGUGGUCUGGGAUGCUGGUCGGGGCACUGUGUGCGCUGGCUGGUGUGCUGACCAUCGCCAUGCCGGUGCCCGUCAUCGUGAACAACUUCGGCAUGUACUAUUCACUGGCUAUGGCCAAGCAGAAAUUGCCAAAGAAGAAAAACAAACAUAUCCCCAGGCCUCCGCAGCCUGGCUCACCCAACUACUGCAAGCCCGACCCUCCGCCUCCGCCCCCGCCACACCCCCACCACGGCAGCGGUGGCAUCAGCCCACCACCGCCCAUCACUCCUCCUUCCAUGGGGGUGACUGUGGCCGGGGCCUACCCACCUGGACCCCACACGCACCCCGGGCUGCUCAGGGGUGGUGCUGGGGGACUGGGAAUCAUGGGAUUGCCUCCUCUGCCAGCCCCUGGUGAGCCCUGCCCAUUGGCUCAAGAAGAGGUGAUUGAAACCAACAGGGCAGGCAGUGACUUGGGUGUCCUGGAGGAAAGAGUAGACCCCCGUCCCAAUGGAGACCCUGCAGCAGCUGCACUGGCCCACGAGGACUGCCCCGCCAUCGACCAGCCAGCCAUGUCUCCAGAAGACAAGAGCCCAAUCACACCCGGAAGCCGGGGCCGCUACAGCCGGGAUCGAGCUUGCUUCCUUGUCACGGACUAUGCCCCUUCCCCUGAUGGCUCCAUCCGAAAAGCCACUGGUGCUCCCCCACUGCCCCCCCAUGCUGGCGUAAGCCAGGCCCCCCAAGCUUCUUGCCCGACCUCAACGCCAACGCAGCAGCCUGGAUAUCCCCCUAGUGGACGAACCCCUCCCCCCCAGGCUCUUGUCACCGCCUGAGACCUCGCGAGACCCUCGGGUUCCCCCUGUCCCUUCCCCCCAGGUUAGCAACUGGGAAUGGUGGGAGGGCGUGUCCUAGAGACACCGGGCUUCUAUCCCCUCCAGACACUCUCUCCUGCAGUUUGAGUACCACGUCCCAGCCUGGGAUGCCUAGAGAAACCAUUCUAGGCCCUGGUAUUGGCAGAGCCAAAAGAACCCCAACCACCCUUACUGGUCCUGAUGUGGGAUCCCACAAGCUGUGUGACCUUACUGCUUCCUGUCACCAGCAGACCCCAGCCAAUUUUGGAAACCUCUACUGUAUGCCAUGUCCUGGACCCUUGAAAGAUGUCCACGCCGAGUUAAACGGCUCCUGCCUCUCAGUCCAAGGCCACCUACCUACUGAGUUUGAACUCAGAUUGGGCUAAAUAUUGAAUUUGAGACCGGUUUGGGCUACAGAGUGAGGCUGAGGCCAGCCUAGGCGACAUAAUUUGAGUCCAACCUAAGCUAUUUAGGAUGUUUUAGGCCAGCCCGGGCUACACAGUAGGCUCUUAACAAAAGGUCCCAAGGAAUCCCUUCCCUUCCCUGCACCAGGCCUCCAGCUCCUUGCUGCGCAGCCCCCUCCGCCAGCCACCAGCCGCUGCCUCCACCCCAGCCCCUGCCGUCCACCAUCCCACCUCACCAACUGCUGCCUUUGGGCCUCAGACCAGGGGACCUUGGGGAGGGGGAAGAGGGGCGGGCAUGGCUGGAUGGGGAGGCUCAGUGGGCACCACCCGCCUCCUAAUCCUGUCUCUCCCCUUCCCUGUGUCUGCACCUUUCUUGUGGAUGCUGACUGACUCUCCGAUUUCUUCACCUCUCUCCAUCUCCUCGGCCCGCCCAUCCCGCCUAUCUCUAUGUCUCUGGGCAUCUCUCACCCCUCCAUCCCCCUUUCUGCCUGUGUCUCCCUGUUUGGGCUCUCCUCACCCUGGCUCCACCCCCACGCUCCCUCCCACCCUUGUCUCUGCUCCUUCCCCAGGUUACGAGAAGUCCCGCAGCCUGAGCAGCAUUGUGGGCCUGAGCGGGGUGUCCCUGCGCCUCGCACCCCUCGCCACCCCCCCUGGCUCUCCCCGGGCCACGCGCCGAGCUCCCCCCACCCUGCCCUCCAUCCUCUAGCGCUGUCCUCCCCACUGUGGGGGGGACUGGGGGUGAUGGGAAGGUGAAAAGGAGCUGGGAGUAGGGGUGGGGAAAGGGUUCUUUAAAAAAAAAGUCAAUAUUAUGUAAAAGAGAUGAUGCCAGCAGACACCCCCGGGGCCUCUCACUCCCCAUGUACUAGAGAACCCAGGAUAGAGGGGGCGUGGCUGGAGCCUGUACCCCGACAACUCCCUCCCCUUUCCAAAAAAAAAAAAAAAAAAAGCAAACCUCAGGUCUCCAUGAGCCAUAAGACACCCCUCCCAUGACUCCUGUAAAUAACUAAAAGCUGAUUCCAUCUUGGGGCACCCACUCCAGUCUGCAUGGCUCCCCGACCCCCUCUUCAGCAAUAAGCCGCCAGGAGCUGCGUGCAGAAAGUUGGAGGGGAGGCUGCUGGGAGCCUCUGGGGGCGGGGCUAGCAUUUUAGGGGUCUUCCUGGUCACCCCCCUCCCAAGGGCAACCCACCCAUCACUAAUUGAUUCAGGAAAAGCAAAAAACCUCUAGGACCACGUAGGAAAGGGAAGACGGGUUGAUCAGCCGCAGCCCGAGGAGCUCAGCUUGGGGUGGGGGUGGGGUCUGCCAGCUGCUCUUGGGCUUGGAGGACGCCAGCUGGUGCAUUCCACCCACGCCCGCCUCCAGGGAUCUGCUCCCUCUAUUCGCUGCAUGGGCUUGGCCCUCCAGGCCCAGAACCUCUACCCACUGCAGUCUCCACUCUAUCCCAAGAGGUGAGACUAGUUCCUUAGACUUACGGAGAUAGACCCUGGCACCCCGCACUUCCACACCCCACGGUCUCCGACCUCCCACACUCCCCUCCUCCAGCAUUCCAUCCAUCCCCCACUGGCCUGGACUGCACCACAGAGUUCUUCCACCCUUCCCUGGCACCCCAGCUCACUUCCAGCCAUCCGGGUUCUGACAGUCCUCAAGACCCUGACAUUGCCUAGACACCCCCAUAUCCUCAAGCCUCCCCCCAACCCCAGACGGCCCCAACACCCAGACAUCACAUUCCUCUGUCUCCUGGCGCCUCUGACACAACACCUCGGACGGACAAGCUCUGUCUGUCUGAUGCCAGGGAGCUCCCCAUUCCAGCAUCGCUGUCUAGGCAGCCCCUCUUCAACAACCUCCCCCCCAGAUGGUGCCAAAACACACUUUUCUUAAUGGCCACCAGAGUUUCCCAGAGCGUGGGACUCCCGUUCCCUCUUCGUGUGCUGAAGUUUGCAAAGUGCACAGACAACCAAGUGUUUUAAACUUGUGUGCUCUUUGCAGGCUCACACCCGGCUGGUGCGUCCUGGCAGCGCAGCAGUUGGGUGUUGCCAAUGAAAGCAAGUCAAGGACAGGAUGGGACCCAAUGCUAAAAGCCUUGCUUAAUGUGCUAAGGUCCGAGGGUUCAAUCUCCUGCAACCCCUCUUGCCCGACUGGUGGGAAAAGAGGACACGCCCACCUCGGCUAGGAUCUCUGCCUGCCCUUCCCAGCUUCCUUGCCCACUAUGUGCCACAUUCUCGGGUGGAAAACUUUCUCAAAUCUUGUCUUGGCUCCAGGAUGCUACCUCCCCCAAGCCCAGAGACCACACUGGUCCCAGAAUCCUUAGCGAACUCCCCAUUUGGAGCUGGGUGGUCGGCAGAAUUAGCAAUCCCUUGUUCCCACCGCCUCAGGGAAGCCUCCCGCUGUCACCAGAACUGUCGGUGGGGGUGUCCUUGGGCCCAAUUCUUGAUGCAACAAUUCCUAUGCAAGGGACAUUUUGAGUCCCACCCGCACCCCUCGCCUUCCCUCGGGACCUUAAACCCUGGUGAGACAGGGGUUGAGGAGUGGGGUGGGAUCUGGUAGGGGCAGGGCAAAGGGCUAGGGGACUCUAGACACCAGGGUAUAGGGUGAGGACUCCUAAUAUUGCCAAAGGAUUCAACUUACUUAAACAACCCCUAUUAUCCCCCCUGUCCCUCAAAAGAGACGAAUGGGGCGGGGGAAGGGGUAAGAGUCCUUUUUGAAGGGUACCAACCACUUCCCACUGUUUCCCCCUGCUCUCCAGUUCCCUACACAUAUCCAGCUUUUUAGUUAAGCAUUUUUUAAAAAAAAUAAGCUACAGUCAUAAACGUCUAUAAAACGUGAUUUUUGCCCCUCCACAUCUCCCAAUUUACCAAACAGUGUGGGAUUCGGGGAGGGAGAGCCAGGUCCUGGUCUCCCUUUUCCCCAUGGCCGCCAGGGUGCCUGCAAUUGCACGCAUGCGCUGCAUGACGCGCCCCCCCACAUACACACGCAUGCGUCGCGCACCCCUCCUGCGCUGGGGGGGGGACGCACGGACUUGGGGGCGGGGCGAUGGGGAGGAAUGAUUGACAGAGGGGAAGGGGGUCUUUCUGAGCUCAAUGGCUCCUCUCCUUCCCCACACACUCACAGCAAUAAGUUUCUCUACUUCUAGUGAGCGGACGGGCCUAGCCUGACCUG